AUGAAUGCCUGUGCUUCUUGGAAGGAAAACAUUGACGACUUUGCUGCUGUCUAUGAGCCCUUAUCCAAGGACGGUGCUUUCAUCCCGUUCCGGCCACGAGCUCCAGAAGACAUGCAGGAACCACUUACGCUCGAGAGGUCGAUGGUCCGAUAUUCGCCUGUGGCGCCUCCCAGAGUCCGCCGCCUUGUCUCCGCAGUGCGGAGUCGCGAGGCCCUGAGGCAACGUGAGAUGGAUCGUCAAGCUCUCCCGCUUGCAGAUAUCAAGAACGUCGAAGACGGUCAUGAGAAGUGCCUGGACCUGGAUGCCAGCCCAGGCUAUGGUGAAGUGGCAAUCAAGCAAGACGUCGACACAGAGGCAGAAGAUUCCGAGGUAAGCACUACGGAAGUCUGCAACGAUGCUCGGCCAACGUUUAGGGACUACAGCCGCCAGGCGCCUGAUGGCUGUAUUCACUUGAUAGUUCCUCCUAAAGGACCCCUCUAUGCGCACGAUGAGCCGCCGGACUUUUUACAACUUCCCGAGCCCAUCAAGCAGCGAACGGCUGGUGCGGCUCGCGUUGCGGCCGCCGCCAGGGCGUGGGCAGCGGCAUCUGCCCACACGCAUCCUCACGGGCGACAGGAGCACCUGCCAGCCACCGCCCGGGGUGUGCCCUCACCGCAUCACGCGGCCAUCGCCGAGGAGCUCAACUUCCGAGGUCCAGGUCCCCUGAACCCGUUCGGGGCAUCUGCGCGACCCUCGUCUCCUCAGGCGGAUCCAGCCCGGGGUCAGGUGGAGAAUCGGCAGGUUGUAGCUGGACCCGCUGUGCUGGCUCUCCGCCGCAUGCGCAACCAGAUGUCGGCACUAGCCGAAGGGCGCUUACCGUGGCACUUUUCGCGCGACCGGCAAAACGAGGAACAAGCGCAGGCGAUGGAGCACGUGCCACAUCCACCGCAACAGCCCCCUAGCGGCCAAAGAAGGCCGUUGCUGCCGAACCUGGGCCGAGUCGUUGGUGCAGGUGGCACUUCGGCGGCACCUGCGCAGGCGCAGCAAGGAUCCUUGGCUGGAGGUGGUGCAGCUGACGGGCUGCAGAUGCAGUCUCUGGUGCCAGCGCCACCAAGCCAGCCAAAGCCCGCAUCCAGUUCUGCAAACAGUCGUUUCUGGAGAAGGCCUUGGCCCAGGAUGAACAUCAUGGGCACUCUCGGCUGGGGUGGGAAUAGCAGCAACGGUGCCUCAUCCUCGCAAGCUCCUGCUCCCGCUUCAAGCUCUGCAGGCCUUUCGGCAGCUCAGGGAAGCGGAGACCAGAGCAGGCCGGCGACCCAAGCCACCAACAGUGUCGGGCAGCGCCACCCGCAAGAUCCAACACCGUCAAGUGGCAGCUCAGCUGCAGCCAGUCCACCCUGA